CUAUCAUGAAGUCUUCGUAACUUUAACGAAAGUGUUUUUAAGUAAACGUGCACAUUUUGUGACUGCAAUAUGAAGUGGGUUUUCUAUGUGGUAGUUUUUAUCUAUAUGUUCUAUAGGACAGUUUAUGGGAAGGUGACACCCUCACUCCACAAGGAAACACGGAGUAUAUCGAUCGACCCAAUAGAUUAUGGGCUAAAUGGAAAUUACUUCGAAGCUGGAAAACGAAUUACUAUCGCUUGCAAAGGCGCCAGUAAAAAUCAAAAGGUGGAAUGGGUGAAUCCAAAUGGAGAAGUAGUUCCACGAGAUGUUCAGAAAAGGGUAUAUGCGCAGGAGCACUUUGUGGCUUCACACAAAACUCGUAUGCCAGCUUUACUGCUUGUCUUAAGUCAUGCUGCAGUAGAUGAUACAGGUGUAUGGGAGUGCCAUUCGGGAGAUAUCAAGAGGGAAGUUUCUCUCUGUGUCAUAGAUCCAUCAUCUUUUGUUGACACUCUCACCGAAGUGGCGGUAGACCACGGUCGGUCCAUUACCCUAUCUUGUCAGGCGAGGGGCGACCCAGAGCCACGGCUGUUAUGGUACAGGAAUGGAGAAAUCAUUACAGAUGAUCCCAGUUCAUCAAAGUACGAAUUAAUGACGCAGUACCACAGUCAAGGUUUUGCGGGUCUGCUCACAAUCCUGUCAGUAGAAAGUGAGGAUAGUGGGGAGUACCAUUGUGAAGCAAUUCAGGAGAGUCCGCGUAAUGAAGAAUGCUCUGCUAGAAUCAAAAUGAAUAUAACACUCCACGUUAAGUUUCCUCCAAGCUUUGCUGGUGGGAAUGAUACCACACUUGUACCGGGACAAGAGAAUACAAGUGUGGAUUUAGUAUGUUCCGCCGAUGCAUAUCCAACACCAACUUAUAGAUGGUUUAAAGAAGUCGGCGACAUAUUCUCUGAGUAUCCCAAGGAUGUUAUAUUGAUACAAAAUAAUGGAGAAGAUGCAGUGCUGACAGUAACGGCAAAUUCUUCUACAUUUGGCCAUAGGUUUCGGUGUAGAGCAACUAAUGAAUAUGGAGAAGUGGACAAGGUGUUCACUUUAAUAAGCUUAGAAGCACCAAGGAAACCAGAUGAGAUAAUUUUAGAUAAUGCCAAUCACGAAUUACUCGAUUUUUAUGCAAGGUGGAAAGGCGAUGUAUUUUUCCCCGUGGACAGUAUGAUCGUUCAGUAUAUGAAAAAGGAUUCAAUAAGAAAGAAAAGUAUACCGAGAGAAAUUGACUGGAAAAAGGCAAUGGAAAUUGAUGUUAAAACGGAAGAAUAUGAUCUAAUUAAUGAUGAGAAAGCAGGUCUUCACGUAAUACUACCGGAUUUACAAGAGGAAACAGAAUACUGGAUACGAAUGCGCGCUCUUAACGAGGCUGGGACCUCUCCUUGGUCUAAACCAAUUACAGCUUCAACUCUUGUGAAAUCGGAAGAAGAUGAAGAAGAAGUACCUGAAGAAGUAGUUGAAGAAGAAGAGAAACCAACAGCAGCUGCCCUUUCUGAUGGCACUUUCUAUGGAGUAUUCUUUGCUGGUGGUAUUAUAAUAACGGUUGUGGGGUGCAUGUUUAUUAUGAGAAUGGUUUAAAGUUUGACAAAAAAAAUGUGCAUUCAAUCUAAAAACCAUCCAGUUGGUUCUUAUUUCACAAGUUCUGUGUGAUGUUACUUUACCAUGUCUUAAUAUAAAUGAACUUCAUUAAAAAAUAUGUAAUUAACAUCUCAAUUUUUAAA